AUGGCCAAGAAACACCACAGCAAGAAGCCCAAGUCGACCCCUCCUAGGGCGACAGCAACGACAGCGGCUCCAGCAGACGUGCCCAAGCAGCCCACCGCCCAGGCACCAGUCCCUCAACCUAGCCGACCUGCGUCCCACACGCGCGUCCCCAACGCCACCAUGACCGGCACCACCCCUCCCCCUCCCACGGCGACCUCAGCGAGUACCAGCGCGCGGGAGAUCAUCCUCGGCUGUCCCGCAGUGCUCCAAGAGUUCUUCCGCAUGAGCGAUGCAGAACUGACGGGCUCGGGGCCGGCGCCGUCAGCCUCGAGACGCGACUUCACACUGGCCAACGAGUACCCACUCGCCCCCCAGGAGCUGCGUAUGCACAGGCGCUACACGCGUAUUCCUGUUACCGAUGGAGUGACCGCGGACGACUACAUCGCCUGGUUCACCUUCGAGGGCUACCGCAUGCUGGACGAGUAUGCGGCCAAGUACCCCCACAACAAGAAGCUCCGCAAGCUCGCAAAGGAGCCCCGCGACACAGCACACCUGUUCGAGACCGCCCUCCGCUUCGGACGUUCGAGGGGCUUGGAGUCUCAGAUCCCGAGCGGCCUCACCAAGGCGGCGCUUGAAGAGACUAGCACGGCCGUGAUGGAGUACGCUUUUGGAAGGAUAGGACACCAGAUGGGCGGUACGGGCAACGCUUCGAUUCCUGUGGGAUCCCAGCUCGAUGCCGAGACGUUGGUCAGCACCAUGACCAAGAGCAUUGGAGACAUGUGGGACGUGAAGGCGGUCAAGUACAAUGCACCCGGCGGCAAGAUGCCCACGCUCCCAGACGGCACCCUGCUCGGCUCGGACGAUGCGUACGACGGAGGCUACAGCAUCACGUUCGAGCGCCGCGCCCCUCCUGCAGGCGCGGUCAAGGCACCGAUUCCCGGAAGCGCCCGCACUGGGAGGUGGCCCCCCGGCGUCCCAGCGGACGCAGUCUCUGGGUCCACCAGGCAGGUCAAGGUUCCAGUCACUGGGCCUGCCCCUCCUUCCGGCUCCAAGACAAGCAGCCAGCCCACGGGGAAGCCGGCAGUCGGCUCCGGUGUUGCUCUCGCCUCGACAGUCCCCACCACCAAGACCAAGCUCCCGGCCCCCACGCCCGCGAAGAGGAAAGACAAGGGAACGGGCAAGAGCACCCAGCCCGCCCCUGUCUACGACAUUGAGAUUUUCAAGAAGGGAAGCGUGCCUUCCGACGGCGAUGACGACCUCGGCAUCACUGCCGGAUUGGCUGCCACCCACCGCCAGUUCAUGGCCGACAUCACCUCGGGCUUUGCCUCGACACCGCGGGAGCUGUGCCGUGUUCUCUCCGGGACACAAAUCGCGAUGCGUGCGCUUGCCAUCGCGGCGAACGAUGGAUACCAGGUUUACACCCACUAUGCCAUGGAAAUUGGGUUUCUUCCGGACGAGUGCCUCCCGUUCUGGGAGUUCAUGGUCAAGUACGAGCGGGCCAUCCUAUUUGGCGCUCUACGUUUCGACGACUGGAGGAGCUGA